AUGGUCACAUCCCGUUGUAAAAGCAGUGCAUUUCACACCUCUAGCACGCAACAGUCUUCGAGGAGCACAAACCGUGAGAGAAAGUCUAUUCGACCGAGCCGUCGUCGACAAGCACGACGUGACACGCGAGGACAGUGUGUCGGACGCCUUGCCAGAAGUCAUCGAGGUGAGCGCACCGCUUCGUGCCUGAAACUGCAUCGCAAGAGUCGACGUUCGACUUGGCGCGCCAGCAGGCUUCAAGGGAACGUCUGCUGA